AUGGAACCGGAUGUAUCUCUAUUAAUGUUAACAUUUAUGCGAUCAAUAAUGGUACUUUACUAUAUAACAGUACUUGCAGCAUCUAUACUGUUGAUUGUUGGUAUAAGCAAGAGGGAUCAUACAAAAAUGAUACUUUUCAUGAUUUUGAUGGCUGUUGGAGUUAUAAUUGAAUUUCUUCAAAUCACCCUUGGCAACUGGUUGACGAUUUUAUUAAUUGUUCUCUUAGCGCUGAUUCGUCUUUAUUUUGUGAUUUGUAUUUACUCACUCUAUGACAAAAUUAAAAAAGAAAAACAAGGCCAAGUUAAAGUCUAA